AUGGGGUGGGGACGGGUAAGAAUUUCUUUUACAACAUCAUUCCGGCCUCCAAAGAGAGUUCGGCUUCCGCAACGUGACCGAAGAGAGAUUCAUUUGGACCGUAAAGAAAUGUCGGCGGACCUGGCCAAAAGAGCUGCAGCCAUCUGUUGUGCAAAACAGGUUCUACAAAAUGGACUGAAGGUUGGGGUUGGAAGCGGGACAACGAUCAAGUAUCUAAUCGACUACGUAAAGGAGAAGAGAGAUCAAGGAGAACUCCAAGACAUUAUUUGUGUACCUACUUCAUUCCAAGUAAGCUCAAUUCGGAAUUAUUGUCUACUGUUUUAGACCAGGAAGUUACUUCAAGAUGCCGGAAUUCCAGUCGCCACACUGGAAACACAUUGGGAUCUGGACAUAGCUAUUGAUGGGGCUGACGAGAUGGACAAGAAUUACAAUUGCAUUAAGGGUGGCGGCGGAUGUCUGACACAAGAAAAGAUUGUCCAAAACUGUGCCCGAGACUUCUUCAUGAUAGCCGAUUCCUCAAAAGCAUCCAAUGUCUUGGGUGAAACGUUCAAAUACAUUCCUUUAGAGGUCAUUCCCUUUGCAUAUGUUCCGGUACAAAAACAGGUAGAAAGGAUUUUUGGUAAGAGAUUACUUUUUGAAGUAUUUUUUCAAAACUGCCUCUCUUUCUGCUUGAUGAUUUUCAGAGACAUGUUAUUGUAGGUGGAAAAUGUGAGCUUCGGAUGGCGAAAAUGAAAUGUGGAGCGGUGAUAACGGAUAACAAUAACUACAUUAUUGAUUGGUACUUCCCCCCUGAGUUAGGGAAUACAGAUUGGAGGGUGGUGGACCAACGUCUCCAUUUAAUUCCGGGAUUAGUGGAGACGGGCCUCUUUGUUGGUGUGGUUAAGAAGGCCUUCUUGGGUAACAAAGAUGGCGGUGUUCAGGAAUUGACGCCCUAA